AUGGCGGCGGGUGGCGCGGUGCUACGCGCGGAGGCGACGGCGCAGGGCGAGGAGGAGGUGGAGGAGGAAAAGAAGGAGCAGGAGGAGGAGGGAGAGGAGGAGGAGGAGUGGUACCUGCAGCGGAUCGGCCACCACAAGGGCCGGAUCCUGCUGUCAGGAGACGAGGUGGCGUGUGGCCGUGGCAUGGAGGUGACGGCGCGCCUCGUGUCGCUUAAGUACCCACUCAUGGUGUCGCGCAAACACUGCGUGUUCACGCGCUGCGCACCAGGAGCCUCCCCGCAUCGAGAGCCCUGCUGGAGCGUCACCGAUUGCCGGAGCAUCAACGGCGUGUACGUGAACGGGGAACGGAUUGAUCCCGGCACGCCACGCGUGCUCUCCGCGGGCGACACCGUGCAAAUCGGCGUGCGCCUCGACAGCCAGGAGAGCCCCGAGUUCGAGUACCGCGUGGUGCGCACGGCGCUGCGGACUUGCUUCGCCGAGUCGCCAGCGCCGUCAAGUUCGGGCUCACCGCCCGAGAAACGCAAGCGUGAGGAGGAAGCGUGUGCGGUCGGCAGUGUCCUCCACCAGCCGAGGCCAUUCACUGGCAAGAAACCCAGAAUGGACGCCGCCCAUUCAGGCCCUUCCCAGGAUAGCGGAGCCAGGGAGCUCGGAGAUGCGCCAUCACGAGAGACGCAGGAGUCGACCGGCGACCUCCCUCGGAGGUCAAACCCAGGCAGCUCGCGGAGCGGCGGCGGCGGCGGGGAAGAGGAUGACCCCACGCAAAGCACCUUGAAGAGCGCAGCAGCGGAGAAGGGCGAAGGACAUGGAGGGGAUUGUGAGAGUGUGCGGAGCGGCCCCGCGGCGAAGCCCUGGCCCUCCCCUGUGGGAAUUGCCGACGAGAAGCGAGGGAAGCGCUGGCUUGGAGCCGCCCCGUGCGAGCCCGGCAAGGACGACGCGGUGGGGGAGCGCAGCGAGCGGGAGUGGCGCCGUCUGCAGCGUGAGCUUGCGGAGGAAAGAGAGAGGCAGCGGCAGAACCAGCUGGCACUCCGCGAGCAGCAGAUGCAGCUGGAGCAAGAGAAGACUGAGAAGAAGCAGGUGAUCUGCUCCUUUGAGAACGUGAUGGAGAAUGAGCUGCAGUGCAUCAUCUGCUCCGAGCUCUUCAUUCAGGCCACGACGCUGAGCUGUGCUCACACUUUCUGCCGCAACUGCAUCGAGGAGUGGCUGAAGCAGAAGGAGCUGUGCCCAAUCUGCCGCGCAAGCCCCACAUCCAGCACGCCCUCCCUCGUCCUCGACAAUUGCAUCGAUCGCAUGGUGGAGUCGCUAGGGCAGGAGAAAAAGGCCGAGAGAGACGAGAUCGUGAGAGAGAGAUUGCAGCUCGCCCAAGGGGCAUCGGCAUCGACUUCUCGGGCGAGAGGUUUGAACUGGGCGCCAGAGAGGGAGUUGGACGAGGACCGCCGCUGGCCGCUUGCGCGGCCGAGUUGCCCCCUACGCCGGAGAGGGGGAGUCGCCCGGGCCCGCAUGAGCGUAGUCCGGCAGCGACGCGCAGAGACGCAGGGCACCCGGAAUUCCGCCCGUGCCAAAAACUCCACUACCAAUAUUGUGGGCACACACAUACUGUCAUCCUCGUCAUCUUCGUCGUCAUCUUCGUCGUCAUCUUCGUCGUCAUCGUCGUCAUCAUCUACAACUUCAUCUGAUGAAGAUUAAGUCAUUCUUAGCCACCGUGGUUUACUCGUGACACAAUGGUCGGUAUGCCGGGAACCAAAUGUUCAUAUUUGCGAGUGAUUAUUCAUUCUCAUAGGUGCCUACGACCGAUGUUUUGUUACUGGUAAGAAUAGAACGGUCGUGACACCACCUCGUCUAUAACUGUUAAUUAUACCACCUCCUUACUACGGACCUCGUCAUAACGUGACUGGCCUCUAUGAUGCGGGGUACCUGUGCAAGUGACGUGCCGCCUCGUGUGUGUGUGUGAAGCUCGUGGGUGUUCGUUGCGGUGAGCGAGUGCUGUGAAGCUGCUCGAGUUAAAAUGUUUUCUAGCAAAAAUAAAUCUGCAGUGGCGUAGAGCACUAAGCAGACAAAUAAUGAAGGACAUUUUUUUUCACAUCUCAUCAGGCAUACGGCCUUGUGGGAGUGCAUAUUUCAACAAGAUUUCAAAAUAUUGUCGCGUCAGCAGAGUUGGGCUUGCUUGAGCCACUUAGUGAACUGUUAGAUGUUUCUAGGCAAGGAUAUCGGUUCUCGUUCGAUGCUAAAUUCAUCCACAACUCGACUAGCAAGCAUUGCUCGAUCAGCGUUUUGCAUUGCAGGCAGCACGGAAUCACAGCAGGCAACACGGAUUGCUGGUGGUAAUGCCGGAUUCCAGACAGCACAGGGAUUAUUGGCUGCACUUGGAUUUCAGACAGCAGUGUGGGAUUACUUAACUGUGGUUGGUUACUUGUAGCGGUGAUUCCACCAUAAACUAUUCUUAAAUUGAUCCUUAUGGCGGUACCCCGGGGUACCAAAUAAUAAAAUAUGGUCGAGGCAAUUAAAUAUUUUAUUUCUGGGACUUAACUCCGCAACUGGGGUAACCAAUCAAUCCGACAUCAGUGCCACUCCGCGAUGUCGAAACAGCGAGGACGAUUGUGCCGAAACCCUGAACGCUCGCGGUACGCACCGUGGUGGUGCAUCGUGUACAGCUCGUCGAGAUGAGUCGAUUGCCACAUCGCCGACCAUCAACAGACUAAAAAUGACUGCAUCACGGACAUUAUGCGAGAGCCGGGGUACCGCCAUGAGGUUCAAUUGUGAAAGACGGCAUUCUCUGCCCCCUGCUAUGGAAAAAUUAGCACGACCUUCGUGAGACUGAGCAUUUUCUGGGUAAAUAAGUUAAAUCGUUAUCAUCGACAACCUCACCUGAUGAAGAUGUGGCCGUCCUUUGCGAGCGUGGCUUACUCGGCGUUACACGGGGGUCGGUUAACCAGAACUGAAGUUUCGAUUUAAAGCUUUCGUGACUGCAGGGAUUAAUCUUCUUGGUUCUUUCGGUAAAGUCACGUAGAAGGCAGCACGGUAAAGUCACUUCUACGUGACUUUACCGAAAGAACCAAGAAAACAGAACUGAAGUGUUCACAAUUUUGUGCGUUCUAUUUUAACUCACUCUCUUUUUACUCAUUACCAGGUCAGGCCCACUGAGCUAAACAGCUCUUUUUAUCCAGAAGCGACCUGGCCACAUGAUAGAUUAACGAAGCAGCUUAUGUGGAAUUUUGUAUCGGCCAAAUGGUCUAAACAGCAUGUUUUUUUUAAACGUGAAGGGGAAAAACGGAGGACCUGGAGAAAAAUCCAAGCGACCACGGGGUGAACAUGCAAACUCGAAGUAGUAUACAGUCACUUGUUCUCGUGGUGCCUGCGCCCGUGACCCCCACCCUUGUCUGUCACUUAUUCUGCCACUUCUAUGAACGUCGUCACUACAUACGUGCUGCCCUCUAUGAUGGGAGACACCUGCGCUGGUGAUUUGCUGACCAAUAAAGUGUGUUUGU